AUGACCUCAACUCAACACGAAGAUAUCAUUUUGGAGAACGCGUUGAAGAAGAAAGCUCUCUCUCUCGCACGCGCCGUGUUUAGCCCCCGCGUCCGUCCCGGCACCGUAUUCGACGUCGUGGCCAGUACGAUAGAUCUCGUUAAUGAAGGUCAGACAUACAAAGGCUAUGCCACACAUCUCAUGGCGUUUGACGAGUUGUCGCGAUCAAAAAGCUGGCAAAUUCUUCUGUCUGUUGACAAGAAGUCUGCCGAGAAGGAAGGUUUGGAGGAACUCGUGAGGGACCUGCAAGCGAAGUUCUCGGAUAUGAUAACUCACGCCUGCGCCUUCUUGACCGGCUACCCCUACGGCUCAGAAUUCGACAUCAUCCACACAUACUCCCAAGAGGAAAAAGACAAGGAAAAGCCCUACAGCAUUCACCUGAUCGUGUACGAGCGGCCGCAAAAGAGCGUUGAGUGGAAACGACUUUAUUCUCUUGACGGUAACGUUGAUGUUGCGAGUGGAUUGGAACGUCUCUUGGAGCAGAUGAGAGUGGGACUGAAUAUGACGCUGGAUAAGCUGAAGAAAACUUCUCGCACAUCCUACUACACUAUCUUCUACCUCACCUCAUACAACCGACUAUUAGCGAUGGCUCAGUCCGCGACCGCAGAGGCUAAACCCAUGAACAAGUACGAGACCAUUAUGUGGGAGAAGGAGAUGAAGGAACAGAUCCUGUUUGGUGACAGUGGUUCUAAUGGUGCGAUGUUCUCGCACCAGGCAUUCCCGAGUGGAGAGAUUCGAGCUAUUAGGGCAUAG